GGGUGGUGGGGAAAGAGCUUGGUGGAGGAGCUGUGUGCACUGCACAAAUGGAUUUGAUCUUCUUUUUCCCCAGAAACCCAGAGUGUCGUUACCUGGCGAGUGCGUCCAAGGACGGCAGCGUCCGCAUCUGGGACACACUGAUGGGCAGGUGUGACAAAAUCCUCACGAGCCACACGCAGUCGGUGACGUGUGUGAAGUGGGGGGGCGAUGGCUUGAUCUACUCCUCCUCCCAGGACAGGACCAUCAAAGUCUGGAGGAGCCAGGAUGGGGUGCUGUGCCGCAGCCUGCAGGGCCACGCUCACUGGGUGAACACCAUGGCCCUGAGCACCGACUACGUCCUCCGCACCGGGGCCUUCGAGCCCGCCGAGGCCACGAUCAACCCACAGGACGUCAGCGGCUCCCUGGCAGAACUGAAGGACAAGGCUCAGCAAAGGUACAACCAAGUCCGGGGCCAGGAACCAGAAAGGCUCGUCUCGGGGUCAGAUGAUUUCACCCUGUUUCUCUGGAGACCAGCAGAAGACAAGAAGCCGCUGGAGAGAAUGACAGGCCACCAGGCAUUGAUCAACCAAGUCCUCUUCUCGCCAGACACCCGGAUAAUAGCCAGUGCUUCCUUUGACAAGUCCAUAAAGCUCUGGGAUGGUAGGACAGGAAAGUACCUGACGUCGCUGCGGGGGCACGUCUCGGCCGUGUACCAGAUCGCCUGGUCGGCCGACAGCCGCUUGCUGGUGAGCGGCAGCAGCGACAGCACCCUCAAGGUCUGGGAUGCCAAGACAAAGAAACUGGCCAUCGAUCUUCCUGGCCAUGCAGAUGAGGUGUAUGCAACGGAUUGGAGCCCGGACGGACAGAGGGUGGCGAGUGGAGGGAAGGAUAAGUGUUUGAGGAUAUGGCGUCGAUAGGAAGAGAGACACGAAGCUGCUGGUCCUGUCCUCGGCACAACGUGCCUGGAAGAUCUCCAAGGGGAAGGAUGACGGAGGCCGACCCGAGCACGACUCCCUGUUCCUGUUGGCGACUCUCCCUCUUGGACUCUUUCCUUAUAUUUAUUUAAGGAAAUUUUAAUUCUAGUUCUUAUUAAGAGCUGUGCUUUGCAGGAUGAUUUCCUCUGAACAUUACAGGAGGGAUAUCUCAUCUGCCUGCAUCUCAACUGGCUUUUUAUUGGAAUUUCAGCCUCACAGUAGCCCUCUGCCUUGAAAGGGGCAAGUGAAGGGCAGGGAUGGCUCUUGCCCUUUCUUGGCUGUGUGAAGAAUCCUAUGGAGAAGAGGGAUUUAGUGGGAACUGAAAGAGUUGUCCCUGUGUGACCUUCAGAGAGAGAGAAGUGGGAAAAUUCAGGACAUCAAUUACAUUGCAGAAUUGUGCUCGGCUGCGUGUCUGGGACAAAGAUCUGCUGCAAAU